GUGAUCUGCUCCUCUGGGAGAGAGACCAGCAGACAUGUUUGAAGGUCUUGUUUAUCAGGCCCUGGUCAAUUACCUGGGUCAGUAUGUGAAAGGCAUACCUCGAGAACAACUUCGAGUUGGGCUAUGGAGCGGUGUAGUUUUGCUAGAGAAUGUGGAGAUUCAAACUGAAGCUUUUGAUUAUCUCCAACUGCCUUUUGCAAUCAGAGAGGGGUCCAUUGGAAAAUUGCAAUUGCAAGUACCAUGGAAGAAGCUCGGAUGGGAGCCGCUCAUUGUUACUCUCAAGGAUGUUGUUCUGUGUGCUGGUCCAUGGGACGACAGCGAGUGGGGAGCGGAGCCAGCGGCGAGGAGAGCUCAGGCCGCCAAACGUGCCCAGCUGGUUGCAGCUGAAAUGAUCAAGCUUUCUCGACGUGUCUCAGGUUAGUGACAGUUUGGAAAUUUUGUGCUGUAUUGUCUUGUUAAGUGAAUGGUGUCUUGCUCGUUGUUGUGUUGUAAAGACCGAACACCGUCUUGCAAGGACGCAUGUGUGUGUGUAAUGAAGCCUGCAGAUUCUC